CUAGGAUUAUAUAAAAAUGAGAUGCGAGAAUGGGACAAUUCAAUAAAAAUAGUCUUUUCUUUCUAUAUUAGAAAAACUGUUUACUGUUAGAAAUACGAGUUUAUACGUAUAUGGUCUGGAUUGAUUUCUACAGCUUCAGCUCUUCUUCUUAAAUGCUUUUGCUGAAGUCAAAUCUAUAUGAAACAAGUUCCCAAAAACUUUUUUCUUGCCUCUUUGGACUCUUUUCUUAAAAACCUGGCUUCAUUGUGUCUGGACUGGACAAGGAUCAAAUGCAUAUCCCACCUGCACAUUUACAGACGCUGUGUGUUGUGCACUUAACUGAGUUUGAUGAUGGCAGAUCAGGAUCUUGGUGGGACAUGUGGGUUUCCCUGCAAACAGUGUGACAUGGUCUGCCCCACUGUAUCCAGUCUGCUGGAGCACAUGGACGUGCAUCAUCAACAAGAGGAUGAGCGCAAAUAUAAAUGUGACGAAUGUGGACGUUGUUAUAGACACGCUGGCAGUCUGACCAAUCACAGACGGACUCAUGAAGUGGGGCCUUUUCUGUGUCCCGAAUGUGGAAAGGAAAACCCCAAUGCCUCUGCUUUGAAGAGCCAUCUCCGGAACCACGUCUUGUUAAGGAAACACUCCUGUGGAGAGUGCGGCAAAGGCUUUCGUUUAGCAUCUCAACUUGCCACACAUAAGCGAGUUCACCUGGCACAGAAAGUAAAAGAAGAAUCUGAUUAUGAGUUUAGAAAUGAUGUGCCACAUCCGGGUAGAGAACAUUUUUCCAGUUUUGAGGUUUCUACAGAAAACGGCUUUUGUGAGGACAAGACAGAAGAACUCAGUAACUCACAGUAUGAGCCCUGGGAUGAAUCAGGAGAUAGACCGUUCAGGUCUGAUACAUCCGGCAAAUCAUACAUACACCAACAAAGUCUGAACAAUCACAAAAAAAGUCACCAGUUGGGGAAAUUUGAAUGCUCAAUUUGUUUCAAAUUCUUCAAUAAUAUGGCAGCUCUCUACAGUCACCAGAGAAGUCACAAAUCAAAAAGUGGGUCAGACUUUAGUUUGACAGACGGCUCUCACAACGGUACAGAACUUGACCAAUUCUCACCUCAUAGCCAGAGGGCUUUAGAACAUUUUUGCCAUUUGUGUCAGGUCCACCUUUCAACCGAGGAGGCAUUUCAAGAGCACAUCCAAAUGCAUAACUCUUCAUCUUUAUCAUUCGGGAUUGAAGACGCCCUGGUGGAGAAUCACAAUGCGUCAUACGAUGGCGGCGUUUCACCUCAGUCGAAACUUUUUGGUUCUAAUAAAUGCAUUCCUUCAGUUUCCUUACAAACAUUUGAAAAAACAGCAUGUAAUGUGUUAACAGACUGCUCCAUUGAUCAAAAACCUCAUUUCAGUAGCUCUCAGGGAGAAUCUUCAGUUGUCGACUCAAGUAUUGACAGUCCCACGUGCGUACCAGCCCAUAAUACCAGCAGUGUCUCCACAGCGACGGAAACUUCCACUGCAGAUUCCGACGAGCGUCCGUUCAAGUGUCAUAUUUGUGGUAAAUGCUAUCGGCACUCUGGGAGCCUCAUCAAUCACAAAAGGUCUCAUCAGGUGGGCGUCUUUCAGUGCUCCGUCUGCCAAAAGAAUUAUCCUCACCUGGCAGCCCUUAAAAGCCACCUACGUCUCCACAAAACCCAGUCGUUCCGUCACGGUGCAGAAGAACACCUGACCGUGGAUUCCCGGCAGAGCUCCUUCCCUUUCCAAACGGAGCAGAAUCCCAUGCCGGGAGUCGACCACAGUGACAGAGCGCUCUACCAGCAGCACUUUGACCUGAACUCAUCCCAGGACGUGACGACGCUUCUACCUCAGAAUGAAAAUGUGCUGCAGAGACACAUGUGUGCAGACUGCGGGGGGAUAUUUGCCGACAUCGCGGGGAUCAAGUCUCACAGUUGCCCCGUCUUACUGCACCAGCCUGAAACUACAAAUGCCGAGUACGUCAGCGGGUUAAAUUUUCUCGGCAGUAACGGUCACAGUGCUGUUGGAAACCCAGACGCCAGCUUGGACCUGAACGGGAGCCAGAGUCAAAGUUUCUUUAAAGACACUUUACAUGAAAGUAUGAGCAGCGAUCAGUUAAGUAAUGGGGUGGAAACUAGCAACCCUGUUGAGGAAGACGAUCUUUAUCAGUGCUCUAUCUGUGGCAACAGCUACUCGAGCAUGAGGGCGCUCAGGUGCCACCUCCGAGGACACACACAGUCCAGCGACACCCCUGCAAGCUCAGGACCCUCUUUCAUGUCCUCUCACGAAGAAGUGAAGGAAGAGGAUGAAGGAGAGAUGGUGAUCUGCAGUACAUGCGGGGAAAGUUUUGCCAACAGCCUCGACUUGAUUAACCAUCAAAUUCUGCACAACAAUCACCAGGAAGAGGCUCUGGAUCGAUCACACGUGGACACUCCAGAACGCAAAGAGGAGCAGCCAAUCAUCUGUGGCGGCUGCGGCAUCUCCUGCACUAGCUACGAUCACCUUGACAACCAUGGCUGUGCAGCUGAGAGGAGGGAUGAGCUGGUGGAGUGUAAACAGGAAGUGGAUGAUGUUUUCAAGCAGGGGGAAACGAGUCCCAGGAGGGACGCUGAUGAUGCAGAGGACCGCCAGUACAAGUGUGAGCAGUGCGGACGCUCGUACAGACACGCCGGCUCUCUCCUCAACCACAAAAAGUCCCACAAAACCGGCUUGUUCAGGUGUCAAAUCUGUCAGAAACGUUUCUACAACCUGCUGGCCCUAAAAAAUCAUCAGAGGUCUCACUUUGAUAUUAAAAGGUACACGUGUCACGAGUGCGGGAAAGCCUUUAAAAUUCAGAAGCAGCUGUUGAUCCACCUGAGGAGACACAAACGGAACCAAGCUAAAAUGCAGGAAGUCGGCAAUCAGAUCCCGGCCCUCAUGCAAACGAACGGCUCCAGGUCAGAUGGGAAAGUGUCAUUGUUACCUCCAAACGUCGACCACACGUCUGGCUCUGCUCAGCACGGCACGCCACAGCCUGAAGGGAGAAGAGCAGAAACGGAGGCGGAGAGCUCCGUUACAUCAAAGGACGCCGGCGACCGGCGACCUUUCGCGUGCGACCAGUGUGGGCGCACUUAUCGCCAUGCAGGAAGCUUGGUGAACCACAAAAACUCUCAUAAAACAGGUGAAUAUUACUGCUCCAUUUGCAACAACACCUACUCCAAUCAGCUGGCGAUGAAGAACCACCUGAGGACACACUUUUUGUACAAAAGACACGCCUGCCAAAACUGUGGAAGAGGCUUCAGAGGAAAGAAGCAACUGCUCGCUCACGUCUGCGCCGACCUCAGAAAGGACGGAGCUAAAGGGAGGAGGCUCCUGAAACCCAGGAUGUUCAAAUGUAAGAAAUGCAGGAAAGCUUUUCACUCCGUUGAUGAGCUGUCAUCACACACGUGUGAAGGACACUCCGACAGCAGCGAGUCCAGCACCAUUAAAGAAGAAAGGCCAUUCAGAUGCAACAUCUGUGGCCGCAGCUACCGCCACGCCGGCUCGCUGCUGAACCACAAAAACACACACAAGACCGGCCACUUCAGCUGCAGCUUCUGCUCCAAGCCCUUCACCAACCCCAUGGCGCUGCGCAACCACACGCGCAUCCACACGCAGAAGAAGAAGUUCGUCUGCCUCACGUGUGGCAAGGCCUUCCGCCUCGCCAGCAUACUCCACAACCACCAGAGGAUUCACAACCGGGCGCUGAGCCACUUCAGCUGCCCCUCGUGUGGGCGGAGCUUCCAGAGCAGAGCCAGCCUGAGGAGGCACCACUGCCGCCGAGGUCAAGGGAGGAGCGCGCUCGCCGGAGUCCAGCGCACGGAGAGAGGAAACAAAUGCUUCACGUGUGACUUGUGUGGGCGGUCCUACCGACACGCCGGCUCUCUCCUCAACCAUAAGAAGUCUCACUCCGAGAGCCUCCACCACUGCGCCUUGUGCCUCCAGACGUUUCCCGACUCCCUCACGCUGCAGAUACACUCCCAAAUGAGACGCCACUGUUGCCCCGAGUGCGGUAAGACCUUCUGUCUGAUCACACACCUGCAGAACCACAUGGAGGUUCACUCCAAGGAGCAGGCGGUGGUCUGCGGCGUCUGCCAGCAGAGCUUCCCGGACGCCAGCAGCUACCAGGAGCACCACAACGCCCACCACACGGCUCAGAGCUCGUACCCUCAAGGUGCGGAGAUACCUGUAGAGAACAACCUCACCUGGGAUUCUGUUAUUCCUGAGACUUUGGGAACACUAAAACAAGACCCAACAAUGUUUUAUCCGGCUCCAACAGAUGUCUCUGAUUCCCAAGUGAGCAGUGAAAGCUCCGCCCCUCAGGAGAAGAGCCACGUGUGCGAGCACUGCGGUCGUACGUACCGCCACGCCGGCUCCCUCCUCAACCAUAAGAACAGCCACAAGACCGGCGCCUUCUUCUGCUCCGUCUGCCACAAGGAGUUCACCAACCUGAUGGCCCUCAAGAACCACCGCCGCAUCCACACGGAGCCCAAACGCUACCAGUGCCUGGAGUGUGGAAAGGCCUUCCGGGUGUCCACGCAGCUCAUCUGUCACCGCAGGAUCCACACCAAGGAGAAGCCCUUCACCUGCCAGCUGUGCAGCAAGAACUUCUCCAGCAAAUCCAACCUGCGCCACCAUCAGAAGAUGCACCAGAGCCAGACGUACGACAGCUCCUUCAGCAUGGACUCCUUCAUGGAUCUGGACAUGGCAGCUUUCCUCUGAGACUGCUGCAGUACGGUUUUCAGUGCCUCUGUAAAUCCCUUAAAAAACUACAAAUAUAUUUAUCUCUGAACCUUCUCAUUAUCUUCGGCAUCUAGGAAAGAAUUUCAUUUGGAAAUCUGCAAAUAUGUUUAUACAUGAUUAUUUAAGAAAACAACGGUACUCCCCUGUUCCACUGCAAACCAACAUGGAUGUAUUUAUUCCUCUUUUGUACAGAUGAACCUUUCUAAAUAUUUUCAGAGCUUUGUAAAGUUCAUGUAGCGUUUAAGGACCUCGUCGACAGUCGAUGCGUUUCACCUUCACGGUAGUUUCUCAGUUAAAAAUGAGCCACAGUCAGUCAGGGAGCACUCAGGGCUGAAAACCAACACGACUGAUGAGCAAAAUAGUGUCGCUGAUCCGUUUAGGAUGUAGUAAUGCGUAGUAUUUAGUAUUUGCAGGACCAGGUCUUAAAAAAUGUAGUUAAAACCUGUUUAAAGAGCCAGUGCCAAACUCAAUCCGAAUUCUUCCCUUCUUAUUUGAACGGACAGUUCAAAUGUAAGUUUGUCCGGGAUGUUUUAUUUUAUUUAUUUAUUUUUUGUUAGUGCAGCUUAUAUUUAAGGUAUUUUUCAUCUUUUUUGCAUGUUAUGGAGCAAAAUUUACUUUAAAUUUCAAUUUCAAUUUGAAAGAAACUCAUCCAAAAGAAAUUAGUUUUAGCCUGUCACUUUGUUUACUUUAGGAUUUAAUUUUUGAUGAUUUUUUUAGUAAAUUAAUUUGAUUUUAUCAUAUUUGGCACUGGCUUUAACAUGAAAUACCUCAAUGUUCCUGCACUCCUAACAGCUGCUAUUUACUGUCUUUGCACACAAACUCACAGUCCAAAAGGCAGGAGGACUGAAACACUUUUUUUUUGUGGCAGUUUUUAAAGCAAUAUACUCUACUUGUCAUUUUGUAGCAGUUUAAAAUGAACAUUCCCAUGUGCCAUAACUUAAAAUCAACUGAAAAUCUUAAUUUUAAGAAUUCCUUAACUUCUUUUUAAUGCCAUUGCAGCAUGGAUGGGGAAAAAAGCGUACUUAUACUUUCUUUUUCUUGGUUAUUUAGUACUUAUCCUUCUAAGUUCUGUACAUUUUUAAUGAAAAUAUUGGGUGAAUCUUUGUACAUUUACUCUCUAAAGCAGCAGGAAACUGCUGGAUUGUGUGAUAAAAAUAAGUUUGGUUUUAUUACACUAUUUAUUAAAAAAAAUGCCUGUCUUGUAUUAACUAUUUCUAGAACAGUUUUAAAGGGAUCCAUUUUUAUAUCAUGUUAUAGCGAAGAAUGUACAUGUUAAAUUAUGAGUGAGAAUCAUUAAAAGACUGGAAAAAAAAACUUUUUAUAUUUUGUCAAUCAUUCACACUUGCAGGAUUCAUGAAAGUUGUCAGUUUUAUUGUGAAAAUACAUUUGCUACACAAAGCAGUUUAUAAAGUGAGUAAAGAAAAGCCAGUGCAUGUACAGGAAAUAAAAGAAGCAAAAGAAGCAGAAAAAAGUCAUUUUUAAUGGCUGGCCUGCUGAAAGUUUCACAAAGUCCUUUUGUGUUUGUCCCCUCGCACUUGAUGCAUUGCAACACUGCAAGUAUUUUUAUUUUUUUUUUAAUAAAUAAACAUAAAAAGAAACUGUUUUAAUGUGGGUGCCAGAGGACAAACACUGAGCAGGCCGAUCCAAAAAGAUGACCUGAAACAUUGUCAGGGACAAAAGAAGACAGGAAGUGCAGGAAAGUAGAACAUGGAAAAAAAACAAUCAUUUCUAUACAUCAUUAAGCACUUUACAAUGAAAAAGUGCGUCUUUUUUUUUGCUUGGAGAAGAGUUUAGCGGUCUAACAUUGUGUGCACUGCAAGAUGAGUGUCCAACAAAAACACUGCAGGUAUUUUUCUUCACUACAGUACAUUCCUCGCAGCAUUCCCACGUGUUAGCAGUUUGGGAACUUAUAGUGUUUCAUGCAUCGAGACCUACGAUCACUGACAGCGAUGCAGAUCCUGGAAUUGUAUUACAAGUC